UCUGUUGGGUCUUAAAAAGGGUUUGUUAAUCCACUUCAGUGCAGUGGGGUUUUCUUGCAAGGCACUGAUUUGGUCUUUAGGAUCAACACGAGGUGAAGGAGGAAAGGAGUGAAAUAUUUGCCAUGUCUCUCUACAUGUCUCUCUCCCUGAUUUUUCUUCUCUCCAUUAGUACAACUCUUCAAAUGUCUGGUAGGGCAAUAUUUUCAAUCUAUAAUGAAGAUAACAAGCUCUGUGCCCAAGCUCAGAACUCUAGCUCAGUGAUAACUACCACUUGUGAUGAACAUGAUGAAUUUCAGAAGUUCAGGUGGGUGUCUCCCACGCAGCUGCUGAGCAUGGCACUCAAGCUGUGCCUGGGAGUGCUUGCCAAGGAUGACGAGGCUGCCGUCACAUUGGAAUCCUGCAACAGGACAAAUGAACUCCAGUGGUGGGAAUGUAGAAAUGACACACUUGCAACCCAUGGCAAGGAUUUAUUUCUGAGCUAUGGCAAAGGGAAGGGGAAGAAAAUCAGGCUGUCCAAAGUAUCCAGCAAAGGGAGCAGGUGGAGAAUCCAUGGAAGUGCAGCCAGUGUGUGCUUUCAGCGCUAUGAGGAUAUCUAUACACUGGGAGGAAAUGCCUUUGGUGCACCCUGUGUGUUCCCUUUUAAGCACAUGGGGAAAUGGUAUGCUGAAUGCAUCCCUAGGAGGGAUGAUGCAAACUCUCUCUGGUGUGCAACUUCUUCAGAUUUUGACAAAGACCAGUUGUUUGGAAACUGCCCACUAAAAGACAUCACCCACAAUAACCUUUGGAAAACAAAUCCUGUGACAGAAACACGCUAUCAGAUAAACUCAGAGUCACUUUUGACGUGGCACCAAGCAAGAAAAAGCUGCCAGCAGCAGGAUGCAGAAUUAUUAAGUAUAACAGACCUUCGUGAAGAAAUGUAUUUAUUAGGGCUCACUAGUGACCUAGGCAUCAAUGCAAAGCUCUGGAUUGGUCUCUACAAUACACUUGACAGUGGCUGGAAGUGGACUGGAGGAAGUCCUUUCAGAUACCUCAACUGGGCUCCAGGAAAUCCCUCUGUGGAAUCUGGAAAAAUAUGUGGGACCUUCCAAGGUAGGAAUGGAAAAUGGGAAAACCAGCUGUGUGAUCGGAAACUGGGAUAUAUCUGCCAAAAGAAAAACACCUCCUUGGAUUCUUCCACCAUUGCCUCAGGUGAUUCAAAGCAUUUUAAAUGCCCCAGGGAAUGGGUGCCCUAUGCAGGUCAUUGCUACAGAAUUUAUAGAACACCAAAAAUAUGGAAAGAAGCCCAGUCUUCCUGUAGAAAAGAAGAUGGAGAGCUGGCGAGCAUUCAUAACAUCGAAGAAUACAGUUUUACGGUGUCACAGCUCGGGUACAAGCCAGAUGACGAGCUUUGGAUUGGUCUAAAUGACUUCAGGGUUCAAAUGUACUUUGAAUGGAGUGAUGGCACACCUGUGACUUAUACCAAAUGGCACCAUGGAGAGCCCACCCACACUUGGAAUAAGGCAGAUUGCAUCUUGAUGAAGGGACAGGAUGGAUCUUGGGCUGACAGCGCUUGUGAAAUGAAAUUUGGCUACAUCUGUAAAAGGAAACCCUUGGCUGAAGAACCAGGGGAAGCUGAAGUUACUUACCCAGGCUGCCAGAAAGGCUGGAUGAAGCAUGGCUUUUACUGUUACUCCUUGGUGCAGUUGCCAACAACUUUUUCAGAUGCAAAAAAAGUUUGUGAAGAAAACAAAGGUUACCUGGCUACUGUAAGAGACAGAUAUGAACAAGCUUUUCUGACCUCCAUAACUGGAUUCAAACCAGAAAAAUACUUCUGGAUUGGUCUUUCAGAUGUGGAAGAAGAGGGGACAUUCAGGUGGGCCAAUGGAGAUCCUGUCACCUUCACUCACUGGAAUGUGGGAAUGCCUGGAGAGGAUUCAGGCUGUGUGGCCAUGGCAACAGGAAGUUCAGCUGGAUUAUGGGAUAUUUUGAACUGUGAAGAAACAAACACGUUUCUCUGCAAGCAGCUGGUGGAGGGAGUCACCCCCCCUCCUCCUCCUCCAACAACAUCCCCUCUCCUGUUUUGUCCAGAGGGAUGGCAGUCUAUUUCCCAGAGCAGCUUCUGCUUCAAAAUUUUUCAGGGAGGAAGGGAAAAAAUGCAAACAUGGUUUGAAGCAAGAGAUUUUUGCAGAAACAUUGGAGGAGAUCUUGCAUGUAUCCACAGUGAAGAAGAACAAAACCUGAUAUCUAGACUAGAGAGAGGUUAUAUUCACUAUUCUUACUGGAUGGGUUUAAGUGCCUUGGACUCUGAUGGUGGAUUUACAUGGAGUGAUGGCUCACCAGUAAAUUUUGAAAGAUGGUCACAUGGAGAACCAAACAAUUAUGAUGGGAAUGAAAAAUGUGGUGUGUUUACUGGCUAUCUCAAUAUGAAUUGGAAUGAUUUAUUUUGCGAACACAUGCUGGACUUUGUUUGCCAAAUUAAAAAAGGAACCUCAGUGAAACCAGAGCCUAAUUCCACAUUCAAUUAUGAAUAUGUUGUUGGUGAAGAUAACUGGAUAAUGUAUAAACACAAGGAAUACUACUUCAGCAAAGAAGCGAUGUCUAUGGAAAGAGCCCGAGGCUUUUGCAAGAAGAAUGGUGGUGACCUUGCUGUCAUUGAGAGUGAAACUGAGAAAAAUUUUCUUUGGAAAUAUAUUUUCUAUAAAGACUGGGGGAACAACUUCUAUAUUGGUUUAAGUGUGAGCCUUGACAGAACAUUCCGGUGGAUGGAUGGCACAUCAGUGAACUAUGUUGCCUGGGCUCCAAAUGAACCAAAUUUUGCAAAUAAUGAUGAAAACUGUGUGGUCAUGUAUACCCAUACAGGUACAUGGAAUGAUAUCAACUGUGGCAGUGUUGAGCUAUUCAUCUGUGAAAGGCUUAACAAUACUAUUCGUCCAACUGUUACUCCCACUUCUCCACCACCAAAGGGUGGCUGUAUGGAAGACUGGCACCUCUUUGAUAACAAGUGUUUUAAAGUCUUUGGCUUUAAUGAAAAUGAUACGUUGACAUGGCAUGCUGCACGAAACAACUGCAUUGAUCUUGGAGGAAAUCUGGCUACUAUAUCAAAAAAGGAAGAGCAAGCUUUCCUUAUGUCCCUCUUAAAAAAUUCUGCAACUGAUGCUUGGAUUGGACUGAAUGACAUAAAUCAGGAGCACACAUACUUAUGGACAGACGGCAGUCCAGUAGACUAUACAAACUGGGCAAAAGGUUCCCGAAGUUACUACAGUAUGGAUGACUGUGUCUACUUGAUGAAGAACCCUAUUGAACAGGCAGGGAAAUGGAAAGAUGAGGGAUGUAAAGCAAGCAAAAGUUACAUCUGCCAAAAAAAUUCUGAUCCCAAAUUACUGCACUCCCAACCCACAGUUCCAGAGUUUGGCUUUAACAAUUAUGGUGAUGAUCGCUAUGAAAUCAUCAACUACAAAAUGAGCUGGGAAAAAGCAGAGAAGAACUGCAGGGACCAGUCUGCAGAACUGGCCAGUGUCCUGGAUCCUUAUGCUGAAUCCUUCCUGUGGCUACAAAUAUUAAAACAUGGGGAGCCUGUAUGGAUUGGUCUUAACAGCAACAUGAGUGGAGGCCAAUACCUGUGGUCAGAUAGAAGGAGGAGCAGGUAUCUUAACUGGGCCAGUGGAGAACCAAAUAAAAACAAAGCCUGUGUCUAUUUAGAUUUGGAUGGUUUUUGGAAGACAGCAUCUUGCAACGAAACAUUUUUAUCUCUCUGUAAGCAAUCCAAUGAGUUAAUCCCUAGUGAACCACCACAGCUUCCUGGGAAGUGUCCUGAACCAAAGCGUGGUAGAUCUUGGAUCCCCUUCCGUGGGCAUUGUUACUAUGUUCACACCACUUCUGAAGAAAGCUGGCCUGAUGCUUCCAUGAUGUGCAUUCAAAUGGGUGCCUCUCUGGUUUCCAUAGAAGAUCCAGCUGAAAUGAAUUUUCUCUUAUUUUACUUGUCUCCACUUGCAAGCGACUUCAGAAAGUUUUGGAUAGGAUUAUUCAAAAAUAUUGAUGGAGAAUGGAUAUGGAUGGACAGAAGUGCAGUAGAAUACGUCAACUGGGAGAAGGGAGAACCUACAGUACUUUUUGAUGAACACUGUGUUGACAUGGAUGUCUCAAGUGGAACUUGGAGGACCUAUUACUGCUCUGUUGACCAGAAUUUUAUUUGCAAAAUCCCCAAAAUUGCUGAAGUUGAGCCAACCCAUGAUUCACCUGUCAAUAAUGCAUCAAUACACAAAGCUGCUGCUUCAUCAUCAAGUGGUUUAGGUGGGAUGAUUUUUAUACUGAUCUUCCUUCUGCUAGCUGGCACUGGCCUCACAUUGUAUUGUUUCUAUAAAAGAAGACUUGAUCGACAAAUGUUUACAGCUGGGUUUGACAAUGCCAUAUACCGCGGUGACCUUGGAACUCAUGAAUCAAAUUGUCUUGUGACCAAUAUUGAAGAAAAUGAGCAGGAAACAAUUUAAUAGGCUGGGUAAUCUUGGGCCUGAGUUUGAAAAUAAUUAAAGUGUUGGCAUACAAGAAUUCUUAAGGAAAGCAAUUUUCUCCUAUGGAAAUUCUACUUAAAAUGGGUGCUUCUUGCUUUCUCUACUAGCAGGAACAAGCAAACUUGUAAGGCAGAGGCCGAGAUCUGCUCAGAAAGUGACAUCUGGGAGUGCCUUUUAGUACCUGGGAGGGUUGUUGAGCUCUCACAUGGACCUGGAGCUAUUUUGUGUCAGCCAACACUCGGGCAGCUCCAGUCUCUGCACACAUCCAGCAUCAUUUUUAGGCACAAGAACCAUGUUUGCCAUAUUCAGUUGUGAGAAUAUGGUCCUUAGCAUGUUCCAAAAAAUAUAUCCAGACCUGUAGGUAUCCUGAAAGUGUCCUGUUGAUCUCCAGCACAGAUUGGCAGAACUGCACAGGCUGGCAGGAUGUCCAAGCUCACCUGGUGCGGAUCCCAGGUCCUAGCUUCAGCCAAGGCAACCUGCUCCAGUGCUGUGGGUCCACAUCUUCUCUUUGUUACUGAGGUACCACAGAAACUCCUUGUGUUGCCCAUUAUAUCAGAAUUAACAUCAUUUCCUCCCCUGUUUAUGACUGAUGAAAAGUGUAAAUUGUAUUUCUUCUGCUGAAGUUCUGUAACAUGCAUUGAAAGAUCUACUAUGAUGAGAAGUGGGAAUGUAUACUGAAUAGUAGUGGUUUGUCAUUUAAACAGUCAAGUAGGGAUCUCACAGGAUGCUGCAAAAGGGCAAGAAGGAAAGGAAUUAUACUUAAUUCACACCUGAAUAUUUACAUAAAAAGUAUUCUUGAUGUCUCCAAUGCCAGUGUAGAUUUCAUAAAUUUUUAGGCCAUUUUUUCAAAGCCUAAUGAAACUUAACUUUAGAAAGACUUUUGUAAUUUCUAACCAAAUUCUCCCUGUCCAAGCCUGUUUUAAACCUUUGAGUCUCAUUCUGGACUUCCAUCAUGAUGGCAUUGCAUCUCAUACUGGUCUAUUGGUAUAAUCUCAGUCUUCACAAAGCCUAAAAUAGACUCACGUACAGGUGUUUUUAAUUUUCACUUUCCUGGUGUCUUUUAUGCCAAAUGCAAACAACCAAAUGGCUCAAAGAUCUUAGCACAGUGGAUAUCUUUAUUUAAUUUGAUACUUUUUGAUAUUUUAAUCUUCUGACAGGUUUUAAAUGUGUUUAAGUUAAAAUAUUUUGUUGUGUGUAUGAAUUACAUGUAAAUAUGUUUUUAUUCUGCAUUGGUUCACUAAAAGGGAAUUAAAAGGCUGAUUCUAAGAAAA